AUGGUAGAGUUGUUGGAUCUUCAUCCCUCACAUUUCUCCUCCGCUUUCUCCGUCUCGUUGUGCUUCUCUCUCAAUUUUUUUUGCGUUCUUCUGAUUCAGGACGACUCGGAGAACCCGUCGUCGACUCCGGGCUCCCCCACUUCGGCAGGAUUCAGUACGGAUCGGUUGCCCCCCAACACGAGCCGAACAACCGACUCGUACUCGGAUGACGACGAGGCUGCCGUCGACCCCCAUGUCCUUCCCGAGGACGAUGAGGCUGACGCCGUAGAGGAGGAGGAGGAGGAAGGGGAGGAUCUCUACAAUGACAACUUCAUGGAGUACGUGCCUUUCCCGAUGAUCCCGGCUUCCGGAUUUCUUUAAAUUCCUCAAUUUCUGAGAUGAUUAGCAUCUGACAAUGUGAACUACCUUGUGGGGUAUGGCUGGAAUUUGGAAACAGGGAUUACCGCCGGAUGGACGAACAUGACCAGUAUGAAUCUGUGGGUUUGGACGACUCGAUGGGGGAUGAGAGAGAUCUAGACCAAAUCAUGGCAGAUAGGAGGGCUGCGGAGGUCGAAUUGGAUGCCCGGGACACUCGCAGUGGCGGCGGACGGAAGCUGCCUCGUAUGCUUCACGAUCAAGGUAAUUGGUUUAUAAGGAAUAAAUGCUAAAAGGUCACUCACAUUCUUUACCACUUCUAACGGAGCAUGUUUGAGCACCUCUUUUUUGCGUUUUCGACAAGAAAAACAUGUUUUUCAACCAUGGAAGCGUCUUUACGAUGGAAGCAAUCGUAUCUUCCUCAUGCCUUAAAUUGUGAUGUACAGAUUAUCAUAUAAUUUAAUAUUGGAUUUGCCCUCUUUGUUUCAUUUCUUCAAUAGCGUUGUAUGGCAUCACAUAUUCAGUGAAUACUAAAUUCCUUGCAUCAUUUCUUUAUGGCAGACACAGAUGAUGAAGUAACUAUUAGACGAUCAAAGAGACAUAGAGCUGAUUUCAGGCCUUCUGGAGGGGCAAGAAGUGACGAUGAUGGUGAUGGCAUGCAAAGUUCACCAGGAAGAUCUCAGCGAGGGCACUCAAGAGAUGAUGUGCCUAUGACUAAUCAGACUGAUGAUGAUCCAUAUGAGGUAUCAAAAACUUUCUCAACUUUCUAAUUGUUGGUUCUGACUUCAUGAGCAUACCGUUUUGCCAUAUUCUGAGUCUGCAUAUGCUUGAUAGGAUGAAUAUGAUGAAGAUAGUGAGAUGAAUAUGUACCGUGUUCAAGGAACACUAAGGGAGUGGGUUACAAGGGAUGAAGUCCGUCGCUUCAUCGCCAGGAAGUUCAAGGAAUUCCUGCUGACAUAUGUGAACCCAAAGAAUGAACAAGGGGAUUUUGAAUACGUCCGGCUGAUAAAUGAAAUGGUCUUAGGUAACUGAUCUUUACGUUAGUGUUCUUUGCCUAAUGUACUAACCAUGAAACUUAUAUUUAAUCAGGUCAGGUUAAUGCUUUUUCAUGUAUCGCGCUACUGUUUUUCAAUACAGUUCGAUUUUUUUUGUGAAAGUUUCUUUAUUUGGAACACUUCAUCCUCAACAACAUUUAUUUUGCAGCUAAUAAGUGUAGCUUGGAGAUAGAUUACAAACAGUUUAUCUACAUUCUUCCGAACAUUGCUAUUUGGCUGGCUGAUGCCCCUCAGUCAGUUCUUGAGGUCAUGGAAGAGGUUGCCCAGAAUGUGGUCUUUGAUUUUCACAAGAAUUACAAGAACAUUCAGCAAAAGAUAUAUGUCCGAAUAACUAACUUGCCAGUGUACGAUCAAAUACGUAACAUCAGGUGGGUUGCUACAUUCCCGACAUUUGAUGACAUUUGAAUAACCGUGUUACUAAAAAAAUGCAAUCCUUAUGAAUGUAUCAGGCAGAUUCAUCUGAACACUAUGAUUCGUAUUGGAGGUGUCGUAACACGACGAUCUGGGGUUUUCCCACAGCUUCAGCAGGUGAAGUAUGACUGCAAUAAAUGUGGGGCAAUCCUUGGUCCUUUCUUUCAGAACUCAUACUCAGAAGUGAAAGUGGGAUCUUGUCCUGAAUGCCAGUCCAAAGGGCCAUUCACCAUCAAUGUUGAGCAGGUUCGGAUCAAUCUUGUAAAAAGUGUCUUACUAUGAGUCAUGGAAAUUUAAGCUCCAUGUUGGUGAUUAUCAGCACUUAAAACAUUAUUUAUUUUUGAAAGUUUCCUUCCCAAUUUCUUUUCACUGCAGACAAUUUACAGAAACUACCAGAAACUGACGCUUCAGGAGAGUCCUGGCACUGUCCCGGCUGGUAGGCUUCCAAGAUAUAAGGAAGUGAUACUUUUGAAUGAUCUUAUUGACUGUGCUCGUCCAGGGGAGGAAAUUGUAAGACUUUCAUCAAUGGGUAUUUCACUCUGGGUGACUUCCACUUAUCACAUUGAUUUAGGAAAUUUCCACGUCCUUUUUGAUUUCAGGAGGUUACAGGGAUAUACACUAACAACUUCGAUUUAUCUUUGAAUACGAAGAAUGGAUUCCCUGUGUUUGCAACGGUUGUUGAAGCAAACCAUGUCACAAAGAAGCACGAUUUAUUUUCUGCCUAUAAGCUUACUGAUGAGGACAAAGCAGACAUUGAGAAGUUGGCCAAGGACCCAAGGAUUGGAGAAAGGGUUAGUCUCUUCACUUCAUUCGUCAUGUUCACAGUAUUAUUCAGUGAUUAUUAUUUAUCUAAACCCAGAAUGCCUGCAGAUUGUCAAGUCCAUUGCACCUUCAAUAUAUGGCCAUGAGAACAUUAAAAUGGCCCUGGCCCUUGCCAUGUUUGGGGGCCAAGAGAAAAAUGUGAAAGGGAAGCACCGGUUGAGAGGUGACAUUAACGUCCUUCUUCUUGGUGAUCCAGGCACUGCCAAAUCCCAGUUCCUUAAGUAAGGGACCCCAAGCUUUACUCUCUAAACACCGUGUUUCUGCAAAGGGAAAUCAUACAAUAGUCUGCUGUGAAUACACUACUCUUCAGAUAUGCUGAGAAGACUGGACAACGAGCUGUAUACACGACAGGGAAGGGAGCAUCUGCUGUGGGACUCACGGCUGCAGUGCACAAGGACCCAGUCACAAGGGAGUGGACUCUGGAAGGAGGUGCUUUAGUCUUGGCUGACCGGGGAAUCUGUUUAAUUGAUGAGUUUGACAAGAUGAAUGAUCAAGAUAGGUACGUGAUGAUUUUCCUUCUUCAUAGAUACUUUCUUUAUAGACUGCAUUCCGUGGAUUGUGAGCUGUCCUGGAUUGCAGGGUAAGUAUUCACGAAGCCAUGGAACAGCAAAGUAUCAGUAUAUCAAAGGCUGGGAUAGUCACCUCGCUCCAGGCCCGGUGUAGUGUUAUUGCUGCUGCCAAUCCUAUUGGGGGAAGGUAUGCAAUUAAAUAAUAUGUCGUCUCGCCUACUUUGACGGGUGCUUCUCGGCAUUUGAUUUGAUUCAGUGACACUCAGAUUCUCCAUGUUCAUGUGCAUCAGAUAUGACUCAUCAAAGACGUUUACUCAAAAUGUGGAGCUGACAGAUCCCAUUAUAUCCCGAUUCGAUGUCCUCUGUGUCGUUAAGGUAAUUCUUCAUUGUCAGCACAUCCCAGCAUACAUCUGCAUUGUCCCCUUGAUCCUUAUGGUCGGGUUCCUUACGAAUGCAGGAUGUUGUCGAUCCGGUGAAAGAUGAGAUGCUCGCCAACUUCGUUGUCGACAGCCACUUUCGAUCACAACCCAAGGGAGCUAAUUUAGACGAGCAAGCUGCCGCCAACUCCCAGGAAGACUUAUCACCUUCUACGAGGCCUGUUGACCCUGAGGUUCCACCAUCUGAGCUCCAAAUAGUAUUCUUCUUCUUCUUUGUCUUCUUCCUGAGAUUUCCUCCGGGAUCUACCUUACAAGUAUCAACUGCCCCCUCAGAUUCUUUCCCAAGAUAUGCUCAAGAAGUACAUAACGUAUGCAAAACUAAACGUGUUCCCAAAGCUGCACGACGCGGACUUGGACAAGCUCACCCACGUCUAUGCCGAGUUACGAAGAGAAUCAUCUGUGAGAUACCCUCAUCGAAUUCACGUUACCCAGUUGGCGGGCAUUCGAUAGUCAGAAUGUUCUUCUUCUGAUGAUCCCCCUUUGACUCUGUGUUUGUCUGGGCCGGCGCAGCACGGGCAAGGAGUCCCCAUUGCGGUGAGGCAUAUUGAAUCCAUGAUACGAAUGUCCGAAGCGCACGCCAGGAUGCACCUGAGGAACUACGUGACUCAGGAGGACGUCGACAUGGCGAUCCGCGUCCUGCUGGAUUCCUUCAUCUCAACCCAAAAAUUCGGCGUCCAGAAAGCCCUGCAGAAGGUAUUGGCAAGGUUUCCGCUGGGUCUUCCUGAAUCUGAUCUCCUAGAAUUUAUAAGCUGCGACUGUCAUCUUAUCAACUCAUCUGUGGAACGAACCAUCAGAGCUUUAGAAAGUACCUGACCUUCAAGAGGGACCACAACGAGCUCCUCCUGUUCCUCCUGCGCGUGCUCGUGAAGGAGGCCCUGCACUACGAGGAGAUCAUCUCGGGAGCCGGCGAUCGGCUCGCUCACAUUCAAGUCAAGGUCGAGGAUCUGCGAAGCAAGGUGAGUGAUUGUGUCCAACUAUCAUGGCGCGGCGGGGGAACUUCGUUCCGUCUUUCCUGACGGCUGGUUUUCAUGCCGGUGCGUGUCGGUCGAGACAGGCUCAGGAGCACGAUAUAUACGAUCUGCGGCCGUUCUUCGGCAGCUCCAUCUUCAAGGAGGGCAAUUUUGUGCUGGACGAAGCUCGCGGCGUGAUCAGGCACCCUCUCUCCAGGUGA